AUGGGACCCCGCCGGAGAGAGGGUGGCAGCGUUUUGAAGCUAGUCCACCCUGGCAGGUUUGUUGAGGUUCACCGGAAGCCAGUGGCAGCCUCGGAGAUCAUGGCAAAGAAUCCAAGGCACUCAAUAACAAGGCCGGAUGUAUUCAGAAACCCACAUGUUGUUGUGCGGCCUGAUGCACUGCUUAAAACUGGGCAUGUCUUCUUCAUUAGAUGGGAAGCGAGGGUCCAUCCAAAGAGACCCUUCUGCAACCACUGCUCCAAACCCCUCCGCACCUGCCUCUGCUCGCGCUUUACCUCGCCGCCGAUCGACAACUCCAUCGCCAUCACCGUCCUCCAGCACAACCUCGAGAAGCGCCAUCCCCUCAACUCCAUCCGCAUCGCCAAGCUUGGCCUCAGAAACCUCUCUAUCAUCCCCAUCUCCGACGUCAACCUUCGCUCCAGCCUCCUCAUCCGCCCUCUCGAUCCCAACCCCAACGACCCUAAUCACCCUCAAAUGUUGGAUUUCGGUGAUAUCGGAGAGUGCCGAGCUGAAGAACAAGGUGAAAAAUGCAGGAUCAGAUGGCACGAUGAAUGCAUCUCAAUUGGAGUGGAUCGCGGGGCGAAGCCCAACAUGAAAUCAGUCCUGGCGUCGCCGAUCGGCAAAGCAGCGAUCUCAAAUGGAUUUACAGCGAAAAAGAUCCAAACAAAGCAAACGCGAAGGGGAAGCAGCGAUGAAACCGAGGACGUAGAAGAGUAUGAGAUCGUGAUACCUGCGGGAACGGCAUUGCUCUAUCCAGGUGAUGGAGCUAUCACAUUGGAGGCUGUGGAUUUCGAAGUGAAGCAUCUGAUCGUCUUGGAUGGCACUUGGGGGAAGGCGAGGAGGAUGUACUGCGAGAAUCCAUGGCUGCAGCUGAUGCCGCGGCUGAGGUUGGAUUGGAAGAGCGAGAGCUUGUACAGUGAGGUGCGGCACGAGCCAAAGGCCGGAUGCUUGUCGACCAUCGAGAGCAUCAUGUGCGCACUGAAGGCGCUGCACGGCGGCGAGGAGGAAAAGCUGGAUGAGCUCUUGAUGCUUUUCGAAUCCAUGGUUGGAGAUCAGAGGAGAUUGAAGGAUGAGAAAUUCAAAAUAAUGGAAUCAAAAUCCUAGUUUUUUUUUCCAUCUCUUCCACAAGA